AUGGCGGCGAGCAGGAGGCUGGCCAAGGAGCUUGACGAGAUUCGCAGGUCUGGAAUGAAAAACUUCAGAAACAUUCAAGUUGAGGAAUCAAACCUAUUGUCAUGGCAAGGGCUCAUUGUUCCUGACAACCCUCCUUAUGACAAAGGUGCUUUCAGGAUCGAAAUCAUUUUCCCCACUGAGUACCCAUUCAAGCCCCCCAAGAUCACAUUCAAGACAAAAAUCUAUCACCCCAACAUUGAUGAAAAGGGCCAGGUGUGCUUGCCUGUGAUCAGCGCAGAAAACUGGAAGCCUGCCACCAAAACCGACCAAGUAAUUCAAUCCCUCAUUGCACUGGUGAACGACCCCCAGCCGGAACAUCCCCUGAGGGCAGACCUAGCAGAAGAAUACUCAAAAGACCGCAAAAAAUUCUUGAAGAAUGCUGAAGAGUUUACAAAGAAACAUGGUGAAAAGCGGCCAAUGGACUGAUCACCUGACAAGCUUGUAGCCCUCUCUUUCUCUUUCUCCCCCUUUCCCCCUAUCUUACCUGCCUGAUCAAAUGCUGAUCUUCCUCUCGCCUCCCUGCUCUCCCCUACACCUCACCACAGUCUUCACUCUCUCUCCUCCUCCCUUCUCCCUCAUACCAGUUCUCCCUGCAGCCCAGGAGCUGCCCAGCUGAAGUCUGGCAGAAGGCUGAAGCAGCCUCAGCUUCCCUCCCCAUCCAGGACUCUCUGUGGAUCAGACAGCUUCCUCCCUGCCCUCUUCCUCCUUCUCCUCGGCCAUAAAUCUCAAGAUCAUGUCUAACUUUCUACUCUUUUCUUAAUGUGAAAAAUGGAAAAAGAAAUGCUAUGGGAACAUGAUGUUCAAAUGAUGAGUUAGAAGGAAAUACUCAGAGUAAAGUGUUAAUUUUCUGUUGGCUUUUUGUCUUUAUAAACAGCUCUUGUGUUAAAUAGAUCUCACUUAGAUAUAGUUUUUCUGACGUAUUUUCUGGCAGAGCAGGAAAACUGGAUGAUUACCCCCCCCCCCCCCCCCCCCCCCCCAUCAUCAAUAAUCUUAUGAGCUAAAAAAACCCAAACUUGACAGAAAGAAGAGAAGCUGUAUGUAGGACCUGAAGGCGUGUGCUGAAUGAAAUGUUUCCCCUACUUACCUCCACUGCUUCUAGACUUGCACUGUACUCUGUGGGACAAUCCCUCUCAUCUCCUUCCCCUGUUCUUAAACCACCCACCCAGGAACAAACAUUGGCAGGCCAUACAUGAAUGGAAUGAUUAUUGCUUAAAAUGCUACAGACCAUUUUUGAGUGUUAAAGUAAAAACAAUUGGUUUUCAAACAUGUGGUCAUCAUCAGCAGGCCCUUAAAGACCAGUUGAACAGCACUAUCCCCAUACUUUCUCGGUUGCACUUUGUUGGGUUCUUGCGACACAAGUGAGUUGCAGUCUCAGAACGUGCUGUUAAAACUUACCUGCAUGACAAAUGGCUUUUGUGAUUUUAUUUUCUUUAUGGAUAAUAAUUUGAUUUCUUCACUUGAAAUUGAUUUGAUUGACACAUAAUAUAGAAAAUUGGUAAUGUGGGAAGAACUUAUUUGCUUAAUUUGAAUCUUUCAGAUGUCUCCUCUCCUAAUAUUUGGCACCCCAGUUUAAUAUUCUAUAUUAUAUAAUAAUAUAGAAAAGGAGCCCUUCACCACACUGAGACAUAUUCCAGUAGCAGAUCAACUGUCAGCCCAGCUGAAAGGGACCUAACUUGUUGGGAGGGAGGAAGAAGAAGCUGGAGAAGGAUAUGCACAGCUGGAAUGAAGCUCAGCUCCUGAAGUCGGUCCUAGAAACAUGCACCUUUAAGGCAGCUGGGAGAGGGCUGGCUGUCCAGGGAUGUGUCAGGACAUGCAAAGGGACUGCAGUGGCCAAAUAAACCACCAUGUAACAACUGUUUGAUCUGGUCCCAAUAUUGUUUCAUAAUAAAGAUGGCUAAUGAUUUGGCCUCACUGUC